CGCUCCUUUCAGUCGAGCUCGCUUCUGUCUGCAACGUUGUUCAUGACUGGCAGCAAUAACGAUAUGGAGAAGACGAGCGAGCACCAGAAACACUCAUACUCGUGGCAUCAGUCGCAUGAUCAGGCUACAGUCUUAUUGCUUGUUCCAUAUGAGACCUCAAGAGAGGAUGUUGUUGUGGUUAUUGAGCGCAACUACCUCCUGGCCGGGGUUAAAGGGCAACAACCCAUCGUGAAGGGUCGUCUUUAUAGCCACGUCGACGUGGCAAACUCGGCGUGGCAACUCGAACCUCGCAGCUCGCGUCUUUCCGCUCGAGAGCGAACAACGUCGACCAUCUCGACGACAUCAACCCAAUCUUCUUUCGCCUUCGUAUCCGAUCCAGAAAUUUCAAGCAGCUUCGCCGCUUCCCUAGAGAGUGGUCAAGUGUCAGACGCAGAGGAGAUUGUAACCCCUUCACCUGCACUAUCAUCGCCUAUCUCCUCGGCUGACGAGCAUACGAGUGGUUCAGGUCACCAGCGUCAUUCUAUUCAUGCUACCUCUGGUCCUGCAUCGCCUUCAUUGCCUGUACAUGUUUUAUCAUCAUUCUCCUCUUUGGAAUCACUACAUUCCAACUCAGGAAGACUCGUGACACUUCAUCUUGAGAAGGAACAGUCGAUCAUCUGGCCGUCGUUAAUUCAAGGACCAAUCCCCCAGGAAAUUUCGCCAUGCGCUCCUGUCCCUAUGCUAUAUGAUUUCAGCUUGGAGUACAAAUACAAUAUGGAUCCCACAAGUCUCGUCCUAUAUGCUAUAGAACUCUACGACAUCAGGAAAGACAAAGAUGAAGCAUUCGAGUGCUUUGUACGAGCAUGGCAUCAUGCCCACCUCCCAUCUGCUACAAUGAAGCUGGUUACACACUAUUUGCCUAUCCAAACAUCACUGGACCACCUUGAUGCAUCUGAAGAAGGGCAACGCGGAACUGUCUCCUAUUAUGUUCAAUGCAUUGGCGGCCCGACGGGCCUGUCCAAGCUCUUCUUGGAGGCUGGUCUUCUUCAUCUCGAAGGAGCGGCUUCUGUCUUCCUUUCAGCAUCGUAUUCUACGUUAUCGUCCAUUAGGAUGCCGCCACAGCCACAGCCAGGAGAAGGCGGUACAGAAGCAUGGAAGCGCGAUAGGGAAGCCGCAGGUCGAUACUUUGAGCGUGCUCGCGCUCUGCAGCCCGAUCUCGACAUUCCUGUCCUUCCUGAUGAAGGCAUUGCACAUCAUGAUCUCGGGAGCACUCACGAACUGGAGAUGCCAUCUAUAGAGAUCCAUCCCUCUGCCUCAGAGAGUGUCUAUUCUGGAGAGGAUUCGCUGUAUUUAGAACAAGUGAUCAUUCCACGCCGAAGAAGGCAGAAGAAAGAAGAGCUUAUCUUCAUGGAUGAGGUCAAGGGCAAGGAUGACAUCGAUAGCGCAUGGUACCUGUAUGUCCCGAGCCUAGUGGGUGCCGGCACAGCGCUGCUGGUCGUGGGCGUUAUAGGCGCCCUCAGCCUCUCGUCAUGGAGAAGAAACCAGGGAUCUUGAUGGGUUUCUUUCGACUCACCGUUAUCAGUGCUGUAUUUGCUUUGUUAUGUAUGUAGACUCACUGCUCGAGUUAUUGGUUUACUUGCACAAUGCUAUUGCUUCCCUAU